AUUUUAAAUCGCAACUCUGUUUCACCAGUAGUACGGCGCGCGUACAUAACAAAAGAUUAGUGUGUUUCUUUAAAUGGAGAGAAAAUUUGGAAGAAGAGAAGAAAAUGUCGGCAAGAAGAACAGGGGUGACCCCUGACGUGGAAAGCAGUCCUGUCAAUUGGGCUAACGUCUAUCAAGAAGCAAGCAAUCUGCUACCGCCGAGAGAUGAACCGGCGCCUCCAGGACGGCCGGUGAGACCGCAACCUCACCGCCCUCCAGGCCAUGCCAUGCACAUGACGGGUCACGAGGGGUUUUGCUUUAUAAAGCGCUCCCGGGAGAAAAAACCAGCAGAGACAGGUUUCACGCGAGAGUCCAGCCAAAACAGCUUCGCCAGUUUCAGCGAUGCGGCCCCAAAAAAGUUUAGAUUUAAACACGUGUUCAGGAAUUUGAUGCUAGGUUGCUUUGGUUUCCACAAGCACUUGAGCUAAAUGUUCACAUAGCCAGUUGCAAGAUUUGUUGAAAAGUUGAAAGUUACAACAUAAUAUUGAAAUGCUACAUUGCUUAGCUGAUAUGCUCACCUUUGCCCAGUGAAGCUGAGAAAACCGCUCACGACUAUCAGCAUAUUUAACCCGAAAAAUAGCUGAUGUACAGUCGUCAGUGCAACUAGCAAAAAUUCUCAAAUAUAAUAGACAAACAUUAUAAUAUUAACUUAUAAAAAAAUGUCGUCGCAUUUCUUCAUAAAGAUGAAAAGCAUUUUAAAAUACAAAUCACAAAGAAGAAAUGGACAGCUGAUAGACAUUAAAGUACAUUCGGUGGACUAAAAGAAAACAAUCGUUUUUAAUGGACUCAGAAAUUCAAUACAAUAGUUAGGUACAUGCAGUUUUUACAACAUUUUUUUGCAUUUUUAUG